AUGAUUCCAUACUUACCAAGAGAAAUUGUUCAACAGAUUUUGGAUCAUUUAGAAUUUGAAGAUGUGAAGUUCUUUAACCGUUAUAUUCCUUCAGAAGACCCACUAAAACGACUCUUGGAGGAGAAACUAUACAAAAAAGUCCUGAUCGGUAGUUGGUACUAUUUUCCUGCAAUGCACAAUGUGAACGGUGCUGACCAAUUCGAGUCCAUAAUACUGAAAGGGAUUCCCAUAAAAGAACUCUAUAUAGAUGGACCAAUAAGCAUUAUUGAGGAAAGUAUUAAGAGGCAUCCAGAAUAUUUUUCAGGUGUCACUUCAAUUCAAUUUCUAAAUCCUCUAGAUGUCUGGGAAAUUGCCUCUAUCUUGCUGAUGAAAACUCUGGUACGUGUAUCAAUGCGAUCGGUGAAUUACCUUCUGAGAUAUACCCAUUUCGGGAAUUUAAAUUUGGAGUAUGUUUCAUUUUUGAAAUAUGAUGGAGAAGUUGUGAAUAGUUGGCCUUCUACCUUGAAAAGGUUGGAGUUAAUUGAAUGUGAUCUAUCAAAGUUUGUGCUUCCAGAUACCCUUCAAGAAUUUCAAUGCACGAGUAGUUACAGAGGAGAAGAUUGGCAAGCCUUCCCAUCGAGUUUGAAGAAGAUGCGGAUAUUGUUUAAUUAUUCCUUCGAAAUUCCCAACUAUCCAGAAGGUCUUCUUUCCUUGUCCGUUAAGGAAUGUGAACUUGAAGAUGCUGGCAAAGUUCUAAUGCAAUGGCCAUCCACAUUAGAGACAUUAGAAUUAGCAAAUAUUGAUUUUUCUGGUUUUUCGCAUGUCACUUUUCCCUGUCAACUCAAGAAACUUGUCAUGGAAGGCUUGGAUCUGAUUGAAAAUUUACGUUUUCCCGACCGUUUGAGCAAACUUCACUUGCAUGGUCGCAAGAUAAGGUAUAAAGAUUUGAAAAGUUUGCCCACAUCCUUGGAAUCCUUAUUGAUUAAUUGUGACACCGUCAAAGGUUCCCCAUUUCCACCAGGAUUAACGACACUCAUUCUUCAGACAAGCAAGUUUCUGAAUGAUACUAGGCUUCCGCCAAAUUUAGAAACUUUUAACCUCUAUUUUACAAGCAGUCAAAAGGAAUCCUUAUGCUUUACAUUUCCUUCAUGUUUACGAAUCUUUUCAAUAACUUGCAGCUCACGUCAGUUGUUCGAGCUGAACCUUCCCAGAUUGGAAGUCUUCACCAUGGUCAACUGCUGCGGAGCUGUACCUCCGUCAGUGAAAGAUCUUACCCUUGAUUGUGAUAUGGAUUGGAUACCAUUCAAGAGCUUCCGUGCUCCAUAUGGAGUGAGGAAACUCUCGGUGUUUGCGCCAUUGAAGGAGUAUCCAGAUAGUAUUCUAGACUUGACGAUUAAAGGGUUUCGUUUAAAAGAUGCUCCUCCAUUUCCACAGAAUCUACGGUAUCUUAGGUUACCUCAAGACCAUGUGCGAAUUUCUGAACUUCAACUUCCAAUUUCUGUUCAACUUGUUGAGGGUCGCACAGUCUGGGAAGACGUUGAGCUCCCGAGACAUGAAACACAAGCUAUGAAACGAACAAAAGAUCGGUGUGUUUUAUGCUAA